CCUACCCAUAGGCUAUAUAAACCCUUUAUCUCAUGCUGUUUCCUUACAUACACAAAGAUAAUUGAAAUAGAUUCAGGAAAAAAUCAAAGAAAGAAAUAGAUAUGGAGCAUUACUUGGGCAAAAAAGUUGUGACUUUGGCUUUGGUUGCCAUAGUGUUAAGCAGUGUUAGUAUAGAGGUGUCACAGGCACAAGGAAUAUGUAACGUUUCAGGUGAAGGUUUAAUGUCAUGCAAACCAUCAGUGACUCCACCUAAUCCCUCGGCGCCUACAGCUCAGUGCUGUAGCGCGCUGGCAAAGGCAGACAUGGGCUGCCUUUGCGCUUACAAGAAUUCCCAGUGGUUGCCUUCUCUGGGAAUUGAUCCUAAACUCGCAAUGCAGCUCCCUGAGAAAUGCAAACUCCCUAAUGCUCCCCAUUGCUAAAUGAAAGCCCUUUGUAUUGUUGAAAGUGCUAGUUAACUAGUCUCGCUCUAAGAACUGACGCUUUCUAAAUUUUUAUGAGGAGCUAGCUCCGACCCUACUUCAAUAAAGCUUCCAUGACCAUUUCUAUACUUUGUAUCAUGUUGUGUGUAUUUUGAGCUUUGUUUGUUUAUCUAUUGGUCUUAAUUGGUUCCUAGCUAGAUAUAUAGCUAAGGCCUGUGAUUUUUCUUUAUGGUUGUAUUUGUAACUCAGUUGUUUUUCAUUGUUAUUCCUUUCUUCUUUUACUACCUUUUCUCGGAGUGGAAUUCAAUCUUAUAA